AUGCCCACUUCUGGCUUUCUGCCAAAGAGUUCUGAGCUUAAUCUGCGAGAACGUCGUAAGAAUUUCAAGGAUGACCUGGGAAAUGAUGGCCCAUUCGAUGAAGCUAGCAGUGACGAGGCCUCAACUCCGAAAGAAGCACUUGAUCCUGUGAGCAACUAUAAUUCAACCUUUAAGUAUUUAGGUCUCGGCGCUUUAACAGCUCUUUCCUUUUAUGUGCGAUUCCAUAAAAUCGAUUCUAACGACUCCGUGGUUUGGGAUGAAGCUCACUUUGGUAAGUUCGGUUCCUAUUACAUCAAAAACGAAUUUUAUCACGACGUUCACCCACCACUUGGCAAAAUGCUGAUUGCCCUCAGUGAAUACCUAGCUGGAUUCGACGGUAAUUUUGGGUUUGAUUCGGGGGAACCUUACCCCGAUGGUGUGAAUUUCAAGUUCAUGCGGCAGUUCAACGCAAUUUUUGGCGCUCUAUGUGCUCCAUUAAUGACGCUCUCAGCACGAAAUGUGGGAUUUGGUAAUCACUGCUCUAUGCUGUUGGGUUUGAUGGUAGCUUUGGAACUAUCAUACGUUGCUCUUUCGAAAUUCAUUCUUUUGGAUUCAAUUCUCCUCUUCUUCACAGCAACCACAUAUUAUUGUAUUACAAAGGUGCAUAGUUUGCGCCAAGAACAGUUUACUAGGAAGUGGUCUAUGUGGAUGCUUCUUUUGGGCCUAUCAAUUGGAUGUGUUUGUUCUGUCAAGUGGGUUGGUCUCUUCAUCACCCUCGUGGCCGGUGCUUACACAAUUGCCGAUCUUUUCACAAGCCACCACAACAAAACUCUCCCCCGCUCUAUCUACUAUAGGCAUUGGGUUAUCCGCAUCAUCAAUUUGAUCAUCAUUCCGUUUAUGAUUUACCUAUUCUGCUUCAAAAUUCACUUCACCAUUUUGCACAAAUCCGGUACUGGGGAUGCAUCUACGAAUACACUAUUCCAAGUAAACUUGGACAAUAACAAGAUAGAAAUUGGGCCUAGAGACUUAGCUUAUGGUUCCGAAGUGACUAUCAGGUCUCAUGGACUCAGUCCCAACCUACUUCAUUCACACGUUCAGUUAUAUCCAUUCGGCUCUGGACAGCAUCAAGUAACCGGGUAUGGACAUUCCGACGACAAUAAUAACUGGAUAAUAAAUUUCCCAAGACAGUCUGGCAUGGAAAUAAGUGAGUUCUCACCAGGGGGCGAUGAGUCCUUGAAAUUGAUCGAUGGAUCUGAGCUCCGUCUAGUGCACAGGAACACAAAAGCCAAUCUUCACUCUCACGAAAUACCUGCUCAUGUCUCCAAAAACUGUUACGAGGUGUCAGGCUAUGGUGAUAAGAAUAUUGGUGAUGUCAAGGAUGACUGGAUCAUUGAAGUUGUCCAACAGCUCGCUUCUUCAAAUGCCACCUUCCCCAACGAAGAUUCGAAUAAAAUUCAUCCAAUUUCAACGAGUUUUAGACUAAGGCAUAAAGAACUGGGCUGCUAUCUAGCUACUACGGGCCUGGCUUAUCCAGCGUGGGGCUUCAAGCAGGCAGAGAUUGUGUGUAAAACUUCCUGGACUAAACGCGACAAAUCCACAUGGUGGAAUGUGGAGGACCAUUGGAAUGCUAAUUUUGAGAAAUCUGAAGGAUAUGUUCCUCCGAAGUCGAAAUUUUGGGCCGAUUUCAUUCUUAUAAAUUUUGCCAUGGCUUCGUCAAACAAUGCUUUGGUGCCCGACGAAGACAAGUUUGACGCGUUGGCUACGAAGGCCUGGGAGUGGCCAACACUUCAUACCGGACUAAGAAUGUGCGGCUGGGGUAGUACGACUGUCAAGUAUUAUUUGCUCGGGUCACCCUUCCAAACUUGGUUGUCAACCGCUGCGUUAGUGUUUUUCUGCUGCUACGUAGUAAUGUUUGCCUUAAGGUGGAGAAGACAAACUGUUUCUUUGACCCAAGGCGAUCUGUCUGUACUGGGAAUGCAAGGUGUAUUACCAUUUCUGGCUUGGUUGCUCCAUUAUCUACCAUUCGUUUUCAUGGGAAGAGUAACAUAUGUGCACCACUAUGUUCCAGCGUUGUACUUUGCCAUCUUAGUAUUUGGCUUUGUGCUGGAAACAGUGUUACCCAAAAGGGUUUUGUUGAAUGUUGUAAUCUACUCGACGCUCUAUGCAGGAUGCAUUUACACCUACAUGUACUUUGCUCCGAUCGCACAGGGAAUGGACGGUCCCGCCAUGAACUAUCAGUAUUUGGAUUGGGUUAAUACAUGGACAAUUUCAACCUAG